UGAAAGCGUAUAUAGGUCACACACUAAACAUAUGUACUUACAUUUGACAUAUAUACUGCUAAAACUCAUACAAGAUGCAGAUUCAUUUAAUUAUCGCAAUUCAGUUUCCAUUUCACUCUACAAUGCCAGGGUGCCACCGCAGCAUUUUUGGCAUGGCAAGCAUUUUGGCGAUUCCAUUGGAAUAGAUACCAGAAGGUCUACAUCACGAUUAUACGUUAUUGAUGGCAAUGAUAUCCACAACCUAGACAAGAAUGAGAACAUCGAGGAGUCUAGUGAGGGUUCUUCAUCUCCAGGUGAUACAUCAGAACCAUUACCCAGUUCAAUAAGUCAACCCCAAGAUGAUUCUACAGCUACAAAUGAGACCAAUAUUGACAUUCAGAGUUUUAUGAGUCGUUUUGGUGACCUAGGCAGUACGUCACCUGGUGAUGGCGAGAGGAAUAUCAAGAUAUCACGUAAGCUGUGGAAGGUAUUGAUGGGAUUGAUACUCUAUCGUGAAAAGUAUGGCGACUUUAUGGUUAAUCCUUCUUUCAGGUUCGAUGACUCUGAUGCACCAAAACUGAAAGGUUACUGCCUUGGGCUGGAGCUAUCUUCUUUAAUGGAAACCACGAAGCUAAAAGACACCGACAUCAAGUUGUACAACAAGAUCAUGGAGUAUCGUGAGGGUAACCCGGACGAAUACACUAGGGAAGAUAUACUCCAAGCUCCACGUUUACUGUGGCUGAUUGGGUUCCCUACCACUACCUAUCUGAAGGAACAGGCUGAUGGCGAUUCCGACAGCAUAGCGGUCAAGGGCAUGGGUUUUAGGAUCCCGAAUCCCAUUAAAAAAAGGAAGCCUAAAUUUGGCGAUGAGGAUUACGAAGAGAAUCAGGAGGAACCCGAGCCGAUCCGCGACGUGAAGCGUAUAAUUCUUGGUUACUUUGAGGACAAAUAUAUACACCAACGUGAUAUAUUAGACCAUAGAAAGGUGCAGACUCUGCCAGAACCGUCGAAUCGUGCAAAAAUACGCCCAGGCUUAUUAAAGGGCAUAGUGGCUAAAUUGCUGGAAAUGAAGCAAACAAAAUCUUCUACAGUGCUCACAAGGAGUCCCACCAGGGACGAGACUGAAGGAGGGUACCACUAUGCAUUUUACCACUGGAGCUUUGAAGACGUGGUGGAGUGCAUGGUGUUAUUCAAUGACAUGUAUAUGGACUACAAUCGUGAGCUUCUCAUGGAGAGCGAGAAGAACGGUACGCCGUUCAACCCCGUGACAUAUAAUACUAUAAAACCUGAAUGGUACGUGCCCAGUGACGAUCUGUGGCCUUCUAAGCUUCAUGGGUUUCCCCUGGGACUUUGGUUGGAUAAGUUUAGGAAGGGUGAUAUCGACGCCAAGGAACACUGGCUCCGUAGAGACAUACUCGAUUACUUACAAUUUGACUGGGGCGAUGGGAUGGACUAUAUGUCCUUUACAUGGGAUAAGCUAGUAAAGGGGUUGAUUUGGUAUAUCAAUAUGAAGGGCCAUCCUAUCAUGGACAUGCCACCUCACCUGGUCAUACCAAAUACCGAGAUUGUUGCUAAAUGGGGAAAACCCGAAGAAAUACAUGGAUUAAGAAUCGGCCACCUUUUCUACAGUGCCCUUGACCAGUUGCCAAUGAUCAAAAGAUUCUAUCCCAAACGCCUUGAGUUCCUGGAUGACAUGGGCAUUGAUUACCUGGAUCCAGAUGAUAUUGAACUGGGAUAUAGGCCCGUACCGCACCAACGUUACACACCAACAUCACCGUAUAUCAGGUUCUCUAAAGAUGGGAAGUACAUUAAGGAGUAGUCCGAUCGCAAGCUUCUUCCACCCAAUGGAC